UUCAUCUGUGCUUUCAGCUGAACUCAUGUGAGGACUGAAGUGUCUGAACCUGAUCAUCACUGAGAUAGAGUUCUGGUUAAAGUAGAGUGAAAGGAAGAAAAGAAAACAGGAAGUCAGACAGGGAAAAGAAAACAGGAAGUCAGACAGGGAAAAGAAAACAGGAAGUCAGACAGGGAAAAGAAAACAGGAAGUCAGACAGGGAAAAGGACGUGACCAGGAAUCAAGGUUCGUCAGGACCCGGACCAGUUCCACCCGGGCCGCCUUAGAGGGUCUGUUUCCUUUCCAGGUCUCAUAUACUUGGCUGUUUUCCAGUCUGACUUCGGCUGGUUUUGGUUUUUUUUCUCUAAGUGUUGGGAUACAAACGCACUCUUUCUCGACCUCAUCUGAAUGUUUCCCAGAAGAAGGAAAACCUGUGACCUGAACCUUGUCUUCCAGAGAGAAGCCAAAGGGGGAUUUAAGUGAAACCUAAAAGUUGUAUCUGGACAAAGAUCACCUGAUUCCAGCAAACAUGGAUGGAAGACCCACCUGUGAGCAGUGUGGAAAGACUUUCACCAGGGCAUAUAACCUAAAACGCCACCAAUGCAUCCACCCUAGAGAAAAACCAUAUGAGUGUGACCUGUGUGGAAAGGCUUUCUCCAGAGCAGAAGCCCUAAAAUUGCACCAUCUCAUCCAUACUGGAGAAAGACCAUAUGAGUGUGACAAGUGUGGCAAUACUUUCACCACAUCAAGUCACCUACAAGUCCACCAACGCAUCCACACUGGAGAAAAACCAUAUAAGUGUGACCAGUGUGGAAAUGCUUUCACCACAUCAAGUUACCUAAAAAUCCACCAAAGCAUCCACACUGGAGAAAGACCAUAUGUCUGUGACCAGUGUGGGAAGACUUUCAAGAUAGCAAGUAAACUUAAAAAACACCAAAUAACCCACACUGGAGUUAAACCAUAUGAGUGUGAACGGUGUGGAAAUGCUUUCACCACAGCAAAUUACCUAAAAAUUCACCAACGCAUCCACACUGGAGAAAGACCAUAUAUCUGUAAUCAGUGUGCGAAGAGUUUCAUCUCACCAAAAGUCUUAAAAAUCCACCAACACGUCCACACUGGAGAAAAACCAUAUGAGUGUGACCAGUGUGGAAAAGUUUUUGCCAGAGCAAGUGAAAGAAAAAUCCACCAACGCAUCCACACUGGAGAAAAACCAUAUAACUGUGACCAGUGUGGGAAGUGUUUCACCAAAGCUUAUCACCUAAAAAUGCACCAACGGACCCACACUGGAGAAAAACCAUAUGAGUGUGACCAGUGUGGAAAUGCUUUCGCCAGAGCAGGUAACCUAAAAAUCCACCAACGCAGUCACACUGGAGAAAGACCAUAUAACUGUGAUCAGUGUGGGAAGUGUUUCAUCAAAGCUUAUCACCUAAAAAUGCACCAACGGACCCACACUGGAGAAAAACCAUAUGAGUGUGACCAGUGUGGAAAUGCUUUCACCAAUGCAAGUAACCUAACAAUCCACCAACGCAUCCACACUGGAGAAAGACCAUAUAACUGUGAUCAGUGUGGGAAGUGUUUCACCAAAGCUGAUCACUUAAAAAGGCACCAAUGCACCCACACUGGAGAGAGACCCUACCAACCCACCUGUGACCAGUGUGGGAAGACUUUCACCCGCAUGAAUGACCUUAAGAGACACCUACGCAUCCACAGAGGAGAAAGACCAUACGAGUGUGUCCAGUGUGGGAAGACUUUCACCCUCAUGGGUAACCUUAAGACACACCUACGCAUCCACAGCGGAGAAAAACCAUUUGAGUGUAUCCAGUGUGGGAAGACUUUCACCCUCAUGAAUAAUCUUAAGACACACCUACGCAUCCACAGCGGAGAAAGACCAUACGGCUGUCACCAGUGUGGGAAGAGUUUCACCCUCAUGAAUAAUCUUAAGACGCACCAACGUAUCCACAGCGGAGAAAGACCAUAUGAGUGUGACCAGUGUGGGAAGACUUUCACCCAGCUGUCUGCCCUCAAGACACACCUACGCAUCCACAGAGGAGAAAAACCAUAUUAUUGUGACCAUUGUGGGAAGACUUUCACCACAAUGAAUCACCUUAAAACACACCUACGCGUCCACAGUGGCGAGAGACCAUAUGAGUGUGACCAGUGUGGGAAACCUUUCACCCAAUUGUCUGCCCUCAAGACCCACCUACGCAUCCACAGAGGACAUAAACCAUAUUACUGUGACCAGUGUGGGAAGACUUUUACCAGAAUGGAUAGUCUUAGGAAACACCUCCACAUCCACUCUGGAGGCAGAUCAUGUGACUGUGACCAGUGUGGGAAGACUUUCACCCAAAUGAGUGGGCUGAUGACACAUCUAUGCACCCACAGAGGAGAAACACAUCAAAACAGUUUGAGUGUUACCAAUGUGAAAGAAGAUUCCCUUCAUACUCUGCUUUCUCCUAUCGUCAGCACAGAUGUGAAUCAUCAACGUCUGGACUAGGGCUGCACGAUUCUGGCAAAAACGUGAAUCACGAUUUCUUUUCUUACAAUUGAGAUCACGAUUCUCUGGCAUGAUUUUGUUCCUGAAAUGUUUAUUGCACCGGUGUCAAGGAAAAUGGGUUCUUUUACCUCAGAUUUGCAUCUUUCAUAUCAGUGUGCAAGUAGUCCAGUCACUAAUGCAGUGUUUCCUGUGGACUUGAUCUGUUGGAGUAGCAGUGUGUAAUCUGGGGUGGCGUGGGGUGCAUGC